AUGUCUGCCACCGCAGUCUCAAUCGCGUCCCCGGCCGAGAACCCUCCUGCACAGAGCGCGUCCGCGUCCAGCGACAAGGAGAAGGAGGCGGGGACAACCGCGUAUGCCGCACCGGUAGGGAAACGGCGACGAGAUGGGCAGUCGGUUUCUGAAGGUGUCUUGACAUCCUCGAGCCUGACGAAGCUUCCAUCGUUACCAGAGGAAUCCAAGUCGCCCUCCAAACGCGUCAAGAGGUCCUUCCUCUCGCGAUUCACGCUUCUCUGCAAGUCGUGCAUACAAACCCAAGACUCGCACCCCAUCGACCUCGACGAGGGUAUAUCUCACCCCAUCGAUUCGGAGAAGCAGACGCUGAAGGAGACGGAGACGGCGCAGCAUGGGACGCGAGAAUCCUCCACUUCCACUUCGGGUACCAUUCCAACAUCUGCCAUGCCGGACGUAGACAUCGUGGUGCCGCCAACACCAACGCACCAGCUUCUGCCGCUGUCAGAGACCGACGGCCUUACAUCGGGCGCGGUGCAACCGCCCGGCUCGACAGGUGAGAACCUCUCCCACUCCGUCCUCCACCACCGUGUCGCGCGCGACUCCGGCGAAGAGUCUGAUAGCUCCUUCACGGACGACGGGAAUUUCCACGAGCUCAUUACGGUGGAUGAAGUUGAGGACGAGGAGCAGCGGCUGAUCCGACUGGGUGGGUCCGGGAUCCCCACCGGACCUGACGGACAGCCGAAGCCUCUAUUACCGCCCAUCGCCCCGGAACACGUUGGGCGGAAAUGCUUGGUGCUCGACUUGGACGAGACCCUUGUGCACAGCAGUUUGAGGCCUGUAAACUCGCCCGAUUACAUCGUACCGGUUGAAAUCGAGUCAUACUGGCACAACUUCUACGUGCUGAAACGGCCCGGCGUUGAUGAAUUCCUCAAGCGCAUGGGCGAAAUUUACGAAGUGGUGGUCUUCACCGCCAGUUUAGCCAAGUAUGCCGACCCGGUACUCGACAGACUUGACCCUACCAAAUCAGUAGCGCACAGACUCUUCCGUGAGAGCUGUUUUAACCAUAGAGGCAACUAUGUGAAGGACUUGUCACAGCUUGGACGGCCCGUCAAGGACACGAUCAUAUUGGACAAUUCGCCUGCCUCGUACAUCUUCCACCCCCAUAAUGCCGCCCCGGUGUCUUCGUGGUUCAACGACCCCCACGACACCGAGCUAAUGGACCUCUGUCCAUUCCUGAGCGACCUCGCGCACGUUGAUGACGUCCGCGGCAUUCUCAACUCUUCCGCAGUAUAA